AUGACUGUGAUUGCUGUAGAUGAAUCCAACUGUGAACCAAAGGUUAUGACAAAGACGCCUGACAUUAUCCUGGAGGUGCCAAUUGCUGUGGAUGGCCAUAUCGUCCACUGGAUUGAGAGCAAGGCCAUGUUUGGGCAUGACCACAGCCAUUGCACCUACCCGAACAAGCAGUUCUGGAGCGACUGGAAAAUGUUUGGUCCAGGACUGGUCAUCUACUGGCAUGGUUUCAUUGAAGAGCUGGACAGCCAGAGAGACAGAGGCAUUCUGCUCAAAGACUGCUUCCCCUCUGACAUCGUGGCCCUCUGCCAUGGGACCAGCACAAUCACAACUGACUGA